AUGUGCCACCCGCUCCCCGGCCGCACAACCUGCGUACACUCCAACACCGAGCUCAUACUAUGGGCCGUUCUACCACCACCGAGCGGCAGGGAAAGCAUGUCCUGUAUGGGUCUGCGCCUGACUGACUGGGGAAUCGAGUGGGUCCCCGCCGUUGCCGACCUUGAGCCGAACGAACUUGCCGCCCGACUGGCGCCCUGGUUUGAAGACUACGGACUCCAGCAGAUCGACUAUUUCGUCAACUAUACGCGCGGCGGUUCCCCGGGCACGUGUACGCGUCGAUGCAAUUGCGGCGGCCUUGGCCUUCCCCCACCGCUGUACGGCGCGACGCGGAGUCAGCCACUGGUCGGCCAAGGAGACAAGGAUGACGACGAGUCGUGGAUGGGCGUCGGACACCCCGCGCACCCCGACCACGCCGGGCCGACCAACAACAGCGGAAACAAGAUUCCCGUCAAGAAGAAAAUCAAGCGAGCGGGAACGAAGAAGAGGACCAGGCCAUAG